AUGUUUCAGGCUGCCUCCACUUCCCACUCUUCCCACUGCUCCAUCGACGAUGCCUCGGCACGAAUCUGGCCGCAAGAAUGCGGUGGCGCGCACCCGCGUCAAGCACUCGAUGCGCAAGAGUCCCUAUCUCGUAUCGCUCGCGAUGCUGCUCGUCGCGACAACGUUUACACUGCUAAACAUUUCUGCUUUGAGACUCAGACGGGCCCGCUCCUUUACCGCGCCGAACCGAUAACGAGCAGCGGUGAGCGAACCAGCUACUAUGAUCUGCAGCCGGAUGCCUGGGCCAAAGGCCCAUGGCAGUGCGAAAGGUUCCCCACGAGAAUUCGGCGAAAGCUUUUGCGUGCAGUGGUCAACUGCGGGCUACCUGGCGCAGCUCGCCCUCGUUCCCUGUCUGUUUGCGUUGAUGUCGCUCCUCGCACUGCGCGCGCCCGCGCAAGGAGAAAGCAGUGGAAGCUCGUGUCCGUUGCCAUGUUCAUCCACUGCGCGCUGCAGCUGGCGUCGAUCAUCUUCAUUCUCCGCGUGUACACGACAGACCCGCGCUUUAACGGCCACGACAGCAAGUCACGCCUCGGCCUCGCAGCUCGCCGCGGCGAGCCUUGGGCCGCUGGACGAAGCGCGCGUCGCGCGCGCCGUCACAAGCGCACCCUCAGCGGCAGAGUCGUGUCGGUGCCAGAGGGCACACCGAUCCCCCCGGAGCAGGUAGUGACUGUCGGCGAAGUGGUUGCAGCGCACCAACCCGACGAGCAGUCCCCCCUCCUCGCUGGCCACGGGGACGCCUCCGCGGCCGGCGGCAGCCAAGUGCGCGCUACUGCCGUGUAG